UAGAUUGUUCAACUCCUGUUCCUCGUCGUAUUAAACGUAAAAUAAGUGAGUCAGGUAGCGAUAAUAAUGAAAGUGAAGAAUUCAAUUUUAAUAGAGCUUGUAAAAAAGUUUCUCAGCCUGUUACUACUAAAAAAAAAAGCUCUGUAAACACAAAAAGAUUUUAUGUUUUCAUGGAAAAUGAGGUAGAAGAACAUGAAAAAUUAGAGCUUAUAGGUGAAGAUUCAUUCAAUGAAGGAUGUCCUCCCGACGGCUAUGAUAACGUAAAUUAUACUAUACCAUGCCGUACACUUGAUAAUUUCAUAAUAUUUGAUGUAAACAAUAAAAAUCGAAUUGCUAGUAUUGAGGAAAUUGAUGAUCUAGGGAAGGAAUUGCAUGCCGCGGGAAUAGUAAAAGCAAUAUAUGUCGAUGAAGAUGAUGAAGAACUUAUUGAAGAUGAACUUAGUGAGGAAUUAAGACUUCCUGAUCAACAAUUUAGAACCACUACUAUAUUCCAUUUUCAAAUCGAACAACUUGAAAAUAGUAAAAGCGAAAUUUGGAUACGAACGCAAUUUGCCUUUUAUAAAUUGCUUAAACCAGCUGAAGAAUAUCUUAGAACUUUUGAACCUAUAUAUAAAAAAAUUAGAGCCGCGAAUUUAACAAUUGAAACGCUGGCUUCUAAUUCAGAAAUCACUUAUGAGAAAUUCAUUAAGUCUAUAAAAGAAUCAGCUUCUUCCUCUCCCUCUCCUUCCUCUUCUUCUAGUCAAAUUGGUAAUGAAUUAAUAAAAAUUAAAUUAACGGAAAAAGAUAUAAUCAACAAUAUUGAUUAUAUUGCUGAAGAAAUUCAAGCUUGGAUCUCUGAACAAUCAGAAUUUGGAAUUCUUGAAUGUCCGUUACUUGAUACACUUUUUCAGAUACUAUCAAAUGGUACAUAUACAAGAACAAAAAAAGUUGGCAUGACUAAUGCUGAUAACAUUAGAACAAAAAGAAAUAUUACCAUAAAAAAUCCAAAUACAGCUGUUUUGACUAAUACAAAUCAAACAUGCGUUACACCAUUCAUACAAAAUCUUACAAAAGGUCUAUUUAAACGAAAACUGAUCACAAUUAAACAAGUAGAAGAUGCAGCAGAUGUGACUUCUGAUGAUGAAAUAGAAUGUGAUAAUAUUCCAAUAGUGAUGAUCAAACCAAUCACUCAUUUUAGUAUUAACGGUGAAAUUAUAAAAGUUGGUGAUGUGGUAUAUGUUCGUAAUGGUGAAUCCGACGAACCACAAUUUGUAAAAGUAAUUUACAUGUAUGAGGAUUCGAAAAAGAAUAAGAUGUUUCAUUCAAGAUUCUUCAGUCAUGGAAAAGAAACAAUCCUUGAUGAAUUGGCUGGCGAUCGUGAAAUCUUUUUGUUGGACACUUGUGUUGAUGGUAAACUUGAUACUAUCCUUGGUAAGGCAUUUGUUGAAUAUCUAGAAGUUUGCAAAGAUGAAUCCUUUAUCUUCGAAAGUAAUCAAUACCAUUUUUAUAGGUAUUGGUAUGAUAAAGAAUAUGCUGUUUUUGAAGAUGUCAGACUACACGAAGAUCCAAAUAUGAAAUUCAUCUAUUGUGAUGAUAAUGAAGAAUGUCACUCAUGUGAAAGCCAUCUUACAAAAGAACACAGCGUGUAUCCCAAACAGCUUUCACCUGAUAAAUCUUUUGAUAAGGGCUUUAUAUAUAAAGACUAUGAAUAUCAUCAAUAUGAUUUCAUUUACAUUAUACCAGAAGAAAAGGAUUUACCUUAUGUUAUUGGUCAAAUAAUCGAAAUUAUCGAAGAUACAGCGAGUGUUCAAGUAACAAUCGAUAAUAUAUUUUCAACAGGAAGAAAUGCAAAUUCUAAAUCUAGUCAAAAGAACAACACCACUAAAGUUUUAUCUAAUGAUAUUAAAUUGAUGGUACAUAUUCUUGGCCGUGUUGAUGAUUUGAGUAGUUCUUCAUCGAAACCUAAAUUUAAAUCACCUGAAGAGGCUACAUAUAAAGAUAUUGUUCAAUAUCCUAUGAUAAAAAAAGAUAGUCGUCAUCUUUAUUAUACAAAUAAAAAAUUAUUUAUUAGUGAUAUUAACAAUCUUGAGGGUGUUUGUUGGGUGCAACAUUUAGACACUAUUGAAGAUCUUGACAAGUAUAAAGAAGAAAAUGAUAGUUUUUAUGUUGAAAAAGUAUCAAAAAUCAACUCGCCAAAAAAUUCAGAUUUAUUAAAAUUGGAGCCUGAGUGUUUCUCCACAUGUUCAAUUUGUAAAGACAAACGUGAAAAACAUAAACACAAAUUGGAAAAUUUCUUUGAAUGUAUAAAUUCUCAAAAACGAAAAUUACGAGCAAUGGAUAUCUUCUCAGGCUGUGGUGGAAUAACAAUUGGCAUGGAUAUGACAGGAAUUGUUAACACUAAAUGGGCUAUAGAAUUUGCUCCUAGCGCAGCUUUAACUUUUAAGAAUGAAAGGCCGGAGGAAAUAUAUGAUUUUCUGAAACAAAAAGUCCCUAGUAUGCCAAGACCUGGUGAAGUUGAUUUUAUUUAUUGUGGUCCACCUUGUCAAGGAUUUAGUGGUGUAAAUCGUUAUCAAAAAGCCGACGAUAUCAAAAAUAGUCUUGUAGCAACAGCGUUGAGUUAUGUUGAUUUUUAUAGGCCUGAUUACUUUUUAUUAGAGAAUGUUCGUGGAAUGCUUUCAUUUCGUCUAGGAGGAGAGCAAGAUGGUAUUAAGAUAAAAGGAGGAAUCAAGAUGGGCGUAAUUAAAUUCAUAUUAAGAUCAUUGACUGCAUUGGGAUUCGGUGUUCAACAGGCUGGCAAUCAUGGUAUACCACAAAGUAGGCGUCGUUUAUUUAUAUGGGGAGCAAAAAGAGAUUGUUAUCUACCUGAUUUCCCACAAAUAUCAACAUGUUUUGGAAAACAAGGAUCCAUAAAUAUUUUAUUACCAAAUGGUAAAUCAUUCACUUACAACAAACGAACAAAUGGUCAUGCACCACUUCCACCAAUAACUGUAGGAGAUGCCAUCACUGAUUUACCAAAAUUUGAAUUUGUAAAUCCUAAAUUUAUUUAUAAAGAAGACGAUGAUGAUCAAGUUGCUCGUCCAUUUAAACAAAUAGCAGUUCCAGAAAAAGGUUGGGUCGGUGACAUGAAGACAAAAUAUGUGUUUGAACCAGUAUCUGAAUAUCAGAGACUAUGUCGUAAAGAUUCUGAAUUUUUAUAUAAUCAUGUAACAAGAGCCUUUAAUCCAUUGACUGUGGAACGUAUUGUUCGCAUACCAAUGUUUCCAGGUGCUGAUCACUCUAACCUUCCAGAAAAACUUAAACCUUGGUGUCUGAGUGAUCCUAAUUCGGCUGCAAGUAGACAUAAUGUUAGGGAAUGUGCUAGAGCACAAGGGUUUCCUGAUCAAUUUAUAUUUUAUAGUGACCGAGAUGAUACUAAAGAUAUGCAUCGUCAAAUUGGCAAUGCAGUUCCACCACCGUUGGCUUUUGCACUUGGAAAAUGUCUACUAGAAUCAGUGUUUAAAAAGUCAGAAUUAAAUCAGUGCAAUAUUUAUUAA